AUGGCCAACCUACGAAAAACCCACCCUCUCUUAAAAAUUGCAAACGACAUGCUAGUCGACCUCCCCGCGCCCGUAAACAUCUCAGCCUGAUGAAACUUUGGCUCCCUCCUAGGACUUUGUCUUAUUACCCAAAUUUUAACCGGCCUAUUUCUAGCAAUACACUACACCUCUGAUAUCUCCAUAGCAUUUUCCUCCGUAGCCCACAUUUGCCGAGAUGUAAACUACGGCUGACUCAUCCGAAAUGUGCACGCCAACGGAGCCUCCUUCUUUUUCAUCUGCAUUUACCUCCACAUUGGACGAGGCCUAUACUAUGGCUCUUACCUCUAUAAAGAGACAUGGAACAUUGGCGUCAUCCUCUUCCUACUUGUAAUAAUAACCGCCUUCGUCGGAUAUGUCCUCCCAUGAGGCCAAAUAUCUUUUUGGGGGGCUACUGUAAUUACCAACCUCCUAUCUGCCGUACCCUACGUAGGAAACACCCUCGUCCAAUGAAUUUGAGGAGGCUUUUCAGUAGACAAUGCUACCCUAACCCGCUUCUUCGCCUUCCACUUCCUAUUGCCCUUUAUCAUUGCUGCCGCAACCUUGGUCCACCUUAUCUUCCUCCACGAAACCGGCUCCAACAACCCCAUUGGCUUAAACUCUGACGCCGACAAAAUCCCCUUUCAUCCCUACUUUUCGUACAAAGACCUCCUGGGCUUCGUCUUCUUACUCACCGCACUAACAGCCUUAUCCCUCUUCUCACCUAACCUCUUAGGAGACCCAGAAAACUUUACCCCUGCAAACCCACUCGUUACCCCUCCCCACAUCAAGCCCGAGUGAUAUUUUCUCUUCGCCUAUGCUAUCCUCCGCUCUAUUCCUAACAAACUAGGAGGCGUCCUCGCCCUCUUAGCUUCCAUCUUAGUGUUGAUAGUUGUCCCCCUUCUACACACCUCUAAACAACGAAGCCUCACCUUCCGCCCCCUCACCCAAAUUCUAUUUUGACUUCUCGUCGCAGACGUAGCAAUUCUUACAUGAAUCGGCGGCAUACCCGUUGAACACCCAUUCAUCAUCAUCGGACAAAUCGCCUCUUUCCUGUACUUCUUUUUAUUUCUAUUUCUUGCCCCCCUCACAGCAUGGGCCGAGAACAAAAUUCUUGGAUGAUAA